AUGAAUCUAUAAGAUUAUGUCCUAAAAUUGUAUCUGACAAUCCUUCCGUUUUCCAAAUUGCCAAAAUCAAAUACUGAUUUGGCUAAAUUCAAAUUCAAAACCAACUGGCCGAAAUUCUAGCAAGAUAGGGGGAAGUGGAACAAUCAAUUAAUACAAAGUCAUCCCAAGAAAAUCCACCCCUAUUGAUUUUGUUUCCCCAUAAUCCUUACACGACCCCUAUUACUUCCUUACCUAAAUCUGCUUUUCCAUACUUAUCACCCUACUCCAACAUGGUUAAAACCAGGGGUGGAGCAUCUUCCUCUACACCACGACGCUCGAGUCGGAGGAGAACCCCUCUCGCUCCAAAACCGAUCCUUGUUAACCCCGAAUCUUCUCCUUCCUCCAACAUGCAAGAAAACUCUGGAAAUCAAGCGACCAUGGAAGACUCGGCGGCCUCUCAACACUCGUCAUCCCAGGAAGAAGACAAGAUCUGUGAAAAAUCACCUUCGCCUCCCACUCCGUCAACAUUGGCGAAAAAGGAAACGACAACCACUCUCGCGAGACGGGAAAUACCUUCCCCAGAAGAUCACCCGGAAGAAAGCAAUUGAGAUGGGACUAAUCCCUGUAGCAGAAUCAAGCAAGAAAUACCCUAAACUGGGUAAAGUAGCUGAAGCGGACUCGGUCAAACUCAAAGACAAAUUUCUCAACCGGAGUCGCGUGAAGAUUCUCACCCUUUCCUUUGAUGAACUCAUGAGUAAGACCUCUGACUUUGCCGAGUUUAUCGUAUUUCAACAUUGGGAAAACUUGUAUGAUUCAAAAAAUUGCCCUGCUGUUUAUCCCAAAUUGGUGGCUGAAUUCUUAGCAAAUUUGAUAAUCAAAGAGAAUGUUAUAUCUUCCCGGGUCCAGAAUACCAAAAUUCUACUUGACACUGAAGAUUUAGGUGUGAUUCUUGGUGUUCCCAGUAGUGGUGAGUGUGCGUAUGAUAAAAUUGAAUGGCCUCUAGAUUGUGUUUCUCAGGAUGUUGCUCUUCAAUAUUUUGACCCUACCAUCACAGGCUCUUCUCUUCAUGUAGCCAGUCUGUCCCCUGUCCACAAGUUGUUGUUCUAUUUCGUCCAUCACAACCUCGUUCCACGACUUGAAGGUCGCUCCUCCCCAUCUAGAGCAGAGGUUGCCUACAUGUACCUUCUAGCGAAUAAGAUUCCAAUAAACCUUCCUGGCUUGAUGUUAGCACACCUAAGUUUUAUCAUAAGCACUUCGUCCCGGAAAAAUGGCAUCCCCUAUGCACCAUUCUUCACCAAAAUCUUCCAGUCCAAACAAAUCCCUCUAGAUGAUUUCCACCCUGAGGAAGAAAAUAAAAUCAUGGAUAAGCAGGGUCUUGGAAAUCUGGGUCUUCUUAUCAAAAACUCUAAAUUGCUUCCCAAAGAAUCUGCUCCUUUCUCAUCUGAGCAAAAACCAAGGCCCACGGACCUACUCCUGCUCCUUCCAGUGAUCCAAUGGUGGUUGUUCCUCCAAUUACUGACCACAUUAAUCUUCUAGAGCGCUCCCUCAAGCAACAACUCGACUCCCUCUCAGAAUCUAUUGCUACACUGGCACGAAAGGUUGACGCUCUGACAGAAUCACAAGCAAAUUUCAAGAAGGAAGUCUUGCAGCAUUUGGAAGAACCCGGCGUCGUUCACCGAGAGAUUGUUCCCUCCUCGGAUGAUGAGGAUGCUUGAAAACACUAUGUAGUACUUCUUGCUCACCAACUGCCUUGCUCGUCUUUGUUUUGUCAAUCUGGUAGUACUUCUAACUGGCUCUUAGGCACUGUUUUGAUUAUUCCUGUUUCCUUUUGGUUGAUGCCAAAAGGGGGAAAUAAUCAGGUGCCUUUAUUAUCUUCACUACUAUGUGACUUGAGUGUGCUGUGUAUGCUACUAUGAUUUCUUUUGCAGGAAAGGCACUUACGGUUUGUCAUCAACAAAAAGGGGGGAUUUGUUGAAUAUGUUGUUUUGUUGAUGACUAACCAUGCAAGAACAAAGGAUGAACCUGGUCUUUAAUAUAUGAUUACUCGUUGUGAAUAACCAUGCAGGUUGCCCAGUUGGAACUACUCUAUGCUAUUUGAGAUUCAUUUAUAUCUGCGUGCAUGCAUGACUACGCGACAUUAUUUAUGACUUACAUGAUUUGAAAAAUAAAAGUACUAAUGGAAUACAUUUAUGGAAAGGGUCCUUAAAUUAAUACAUCCACUUUUAAAGAAGGCAAUUGGUUUUAAAUAAUGAAUAAAGAACGUGACAUGAUGAAAGUGCUAUCAAAGGAAAGCUACUUUAGAAAUAUCACAUGAUUUGAAUAAAUUCAGAUUUCCUAAGUAUCAUUUACUGUCAUGGUCCGUUGGUCCUAUUAUGGAAAGAUAAUAUAUUAUUGCCUUGCCAAUUAUUCAUUGUCUUGUAAGACCAUGAGAGCUCGGUUGACUUGGAUAUAAGGAUGGAAGGUUUUUUAAAUUAUUUCAAGGCAAGAAUCACAUUAAUCCACUCAAGGAAAGAAGGCUCCAACGGAUCCACCUCAAGACAGACUAUAAAAAGCAAAGGAGAAGAAGAGAAGAAAUGUGCUUGAUCGAGAAAAUUACUAAGGAAAAUCACUCAAGAGAACGGAUCAAGUCUACAGUGCCUGAAACUGCUCACGAAGUUCUAGAUAGAGUUUUUCUACUUCCCUUCUUGUAAUUCGUGUUUGAGGCAAAGCUAAGUGUAGCUACCUCAGGUUGGGAACAGUGUGUGUGUGAGAGCUUUGUGAUAAAGCUGAGAGGCUCUCUACCCAAAAGGUAGAGAUGCAUAACUCUUCCUAGAGAGGAUAGAGUUGGGGAGGCUCAAGGGUAGAUUAGGAGAAUCACUCUUGUAAUCUUUCAAAGGCUUGAUUAGUGAAGUUGUUUAAAAUUCCUCCGAGGGAGGUCGGGGUUUUUUAAUCCCUUUUGAGC